AUGAAACCCGGAAAGUCUGUGAAGGAUCAUAUGUUGACUAUGAUUGCACACUUCAACGUGACGAAGAAUCUGGGUGCAACUAUUGAUCAGGAAACUCAAGUUGAUAUGGUAUUGAAUUCUUUAUCUGAUAUGUUUUCACAGUUUACUGUGGACUAUCACUUGCAUAAGAUGAAUAUGUCAUUAACUAAGUUGAUGAAUGAGUUGCAAAAUAUGGAAAGUGGUCUCAAGGGUAAGGUUGGUUAUGCUCAUGCGACAAUUGCUAGCUCCUCUGGGUCCAAGCCGAAAGGUGCUUCAAGAGAGCAGAAGACUCAGUGA